GAGAGAGGUGGGGGGGGAAAUAAACCGACAGGGAGGAACCUCGGCGCUUCCCGAGACAUGAGAACGAGCCAUUAACCGACCUGUCCUCUCAUCUAUUAAAGAAAAAAUAAACGGGAAGUAACUGGAAGGUGGGUAAAGAGAGAGGGAAAUCACAACACAGAGCUCCGGUUCUCAGAGCAGCAGUCUGCGGAGCGGCGCGCGCGCGCUCGUGCACUCUCGCUCGUGUGUGUUUACAAGCGUUUGAACGGCUGCCAGAAACGAGGGAAGAAGAAGAAGAAGAAGGAGAAGAAGAAAAAAAAGGAGGAGGAGGAUAAAGUGAAGGAGGGAUGGUGGACAACUCCAGCAGCAGUAAGGCACAAAUGCCAAGCAUGUCUCAGGAGCCCGGCGUGGCUUUUCCCCAGAACACCUCCUCAGGUGGCAUGAAGCUGGAGGCGGUGAUGGAGCAACUCCAGCGCCAACAGCAGGCCCGCCUGGAAAUGGAGCGCAAAGAGAGGAAGCUACGAGAGGCCCACAUCAUGUACGCGCAGCAGGUCGCCGCCCAGCAGGCCAUCCUGGCCGCAGCCCGAGCCUCGGGGGCCAGCUUCAUGGGCAAAGCCAUGCCCGGCGGCCAUCCCGUCAGCAGCCUGCCCGCUCGAGUCUCCAACCAGAGCAGCGUGGACUCCGAAAGAGAGGACGACGAAGACAGAGGUCGAGACUCCGGGGACGAGGACGAUGACAAUGAGAUGAUGGAAGGGGACGAGGGCAGCGAUGAGGACGAGGGAAGCGCCAGCGGUCUGGAGUUCCUUCGCAAGCAGACCCUCGCUUUGCAGCAGAGUGCCUCCCGCAUCCCGGCCCGUCCGUUUGCAAGCUACUCUGUGUCGGCCCCCCAGAGGGCUGCCUCCCCUCCUGUCAGAGUGAAGCAGGAACCCGAUGAGGGCAUGUCCCCUGCAGGGCCCAACUCUGCCACCUCUCCUAACGGACAAGCCGACUGGGGAUACGACGAUCACUUUAGACAAGUCAGUAUUACUUUUCACUUGAUAUCUCCAAAAUAUUCUUCUUUUUUCCAAAUGAUGUUUUAGUUUGUGUUUUCUAAA